AUGGUGCUGUACUUGGCCGUGGGAGUUGUUGGCUACAUGGCAUUCGGCAAGAACACAGAGGCUGAUGUUGUCUCGCAGAUUGCAGCCGUGCGCGGCCAGAGCAGAGUAGUGACCUCGAUUCAGGCGCUUUUGGCGAGCUUCAUAGUUUUGAAGACGCCGCUGAUAAUCCUGCCUCUGAGGACCUUGACCCUCGCGAUCCUUUGCCUGGACAUCAACUCCGGCGACCUCUCAGCAGGAAAGAACGCGGCACUGACGCUGGCGCUGCUUGUGUGCGUUUACUGCAUGGCCUUGGCGUUGCCAGACUUGGGGAAGUUGCUGGAGCUGCUCGGUGCUGUCUGCGUUAUGCCUCUCUGCUUUGUGGUGCCCGCACGACUCUCCUGGGCCGUGGAGGAACCGCGGCGCACCGUCAGCUGUCUCGUGAUGGGGCUUGCAGGUUUGCUGGUAUCUGCUCUCUCCCUCGUGUCCAUGGUGGUCUGA